GGGCGGACCUGAUUCCUCCCCUCUCUCUCUCUCUCCCCCUCCCAUCAUCAUCCCCACCACUACUACUGUACAACCGGACCCUCGGCGUCCCAGUAUUCCCGUUCCGCCUUGGUCCGUCGACGACCAUGCAUCCUCCGCGGGGCCCACCAACCACGCAUCGCUCAUCGUCCAUCGGAGCAUCCGUCCUUGUUUCUCUACUGUAGUCGCCGAGCGGAGAUCUCAUAUCCGCUCAUCUACCCCGCACACCCGGCGGGAUAUCGGCAUAAGCCUGCGAGCCUGCAGUCAGAGGUGCGGAUUGCGGAUUCUUGCAGGCAUUGCAGGGUAAAAACACAGCUAAAUUCCAACGUUGCCUCGACCUUGUUCGAUCACGGACACCCGUCUCUCGGGCUCGGUAUGUGUGGCGCCGAGGCCGAUGCCGAGGCCGAUACCGAGGCCGGCGCCGUGUCCUCCGCUGGUCUAGUCGAGUCGAAUCUCCCAACCUGGCUUUUCGCCGAGCAUGCCUCUCUCCCGCCUGGCAAUAGCCCAGACGCCAGCCCCACCCACCAUCAGCCUAUCGGUAUUUGGCCGACACCCAUCCGCCGCCGCCCCUUCCGCCGUCCUCUUCUGCCCUGCCCUCCGCACCCCGCGGGGCCCAUAUCUCUCGUCUCGUCUCGGCGACCGCCCGCCCGCGUCCGCGGACGUCUUCAGGGCAGCGGGCCCGGCGGAUCUAUUCCCACGCCGGAUAUCCAGUCCAGCUGGUUGUUGCAGCAACUGGGGCCGGGGCAGCGCGAUGGCAGGUGCCGACCGCGCCGACGCCGCGUCGAGAUCUAAACAUCAAGACGCGAGAUACGGCCGUGCGGUGGCGUUGUUGUACAGUACAGUACAUAGAUCUGGGAGAGGCAAGCGAGGUGGCGAGGCGAGAAGAGGAGAGGAGAGGAGAGGUAGCUCGGUUGUUGAUAUCGGGUGAAUGGAG